UUGGGUCUCCGCAGCGCCCGUAGUUUUGAACUUUCACCGCUCCUGCGGCCGGCGCUGGGGGAUAGCACGCAUGCGUCUUGUCUUCGAAUGGGUGGCACCCUUAUUCUCGCGGCGGCGGCCGGAGCUGUGGCCGUGCUGCUGGCAGUGCGGCUAUGGGUAGUGCUGCGUCCCCGCGCCGCUGUGCCCCGGCGGUCUCUCAGCCUCUUGGUGGUGGCUGGGUCCGGUGGGCAUACCACUGAGAUCCUGAGGCUGCUUGAGAAGUUGUCCGAUGCUUACUCUCCUAGACAUUAUAUCAUUGCUGACACUGAUGAAAUGAGUGCCCAUAAAAUAAAUUCUUUUGAAGUAAAUCGAGCUGAUAGAAACCCCAGUGCUAUGGAUUUAUCUAUCGCGUGGUAUUCACUAAGUAAUAAAUUUUCCCGAAUACUAUAUUCACCGCAUUCCCAGAAGCCGGGAGGUCCAGCAGUCCUGGCUGUCCACGGUACUCACCACCUUGUACUCUAUGUGGCUCUCCUUCCCCCUGACUCAUCAAGUGAAGCCAGAUUUGCUGUGUGGCUGAGGGGGUCUUGGUGCUCCAGCCUGUUGUCAGGCCUGAGCCUCUGAGGUGGGAGAGCUGAGUUCAGGACAUUGGACCACCAGAGACUUCCCGGCCCCAUGUAAUAUCAAUUGGCGAGAGCUCUCCUAGAGAUCUCUGUCUCAACGCUCAGACCCAGCUGCACUCAACGACCAGCAAGCUCCAGUGCUGGACACCCCAUGCCAAACAACUAUCAAGACAGGAACACAACACCACCCAUUAUCAGAGAGCCUGCCUAAAAUCAUACUAAGUUCACAGACACCCGAAAACACACCACCGGACGCAGCCCUGCCCACCAGAAAGACAAGAUCCAGCCCCACCCACCAAAACACAGACACCAGUCCCCUCCACCCAGAACCCUACACAAGCCACUGAACCAACCUUACCCACUUGGGGCAGACACCAAAAACAAUGAGAACUACAGACCUGCAGACUGCAAAAAGGAGACCCCAAACACAAACACAGUAAGGUAGGCAAAAUGGAAAGACAGAGAAAUAUGUAGCAGAUGAAGGAGCAAGGUAAAAACCCACCAGACCAAACAAAUGAAGAGGAAAUAGACAGUCUAUCUGAAAAAGAAUUCAGAGUAAUGAUAGUAAAGAUAUCCCAAAUCUUGGAAACAGAAUGGAGAAAAUACAAGAAACGUUUAACAAGAACCUAGAAGAACUAAAGAGUAAACAAACAAUGAUGAGCAACACAAUAAAUGAAAUUAAAAAUUCUCUAGAAGGAAUCAAUAGCAGAAUAACUGAAGCAGAAGAAUGGAUAAGUGACCUGGAAAAGAAAAUAGUGUAAAUAACUACUACAGAGCAGAAUAAAGAAAAAGGAAUUAAAAGAAUUGAGGACAGUCUCAGAGACCUCUGAGACAACAUUAAACACACCAACAUUCACAUUAUAGGGGUCCCAGAAGGAGAAUAGAGAGAGAAAGGACCUGAGAAAAUAUUUGAAGAGGUUAUAGUCGAAAACUUCCCUAACAUAGGAAAGGAAAUAGCCACCCAAUCCAGGAAGCACAGAGAGUACCAUAUAGGAUACACCCAAGGGGAAACACGCUGAGACACAUAGUAAUCAAAUUGGCAAAAAUUAAAGACAAAGAAAAAUUAUUUAAAGAAACAAGAGAAGAUGACAAAUAACAUAAGGCAACUCCCAUAAGGUUAACAGCUGAUUUCUCAGCAGAAACUCUAUAAGUCAGGAAGGAGUGCCAUGACAUAUGUAAAGUGAUGAAAGGGAAGAUUGUACAACCAAGAUUACUCUACCCAGCAAGGAUCUCAUUCAGAUUUGAUGGAGAAAUCAAAAGCUUUACAGACAAGCAAAAGCUAAGAGAAUUCAGCACCUCCAAAACAGCUCUACAACCAAGGCUGAAGGAACUUCUCUAAGUGGGAAACAGAA